UAAGCCGCAAAUCAGCUGAGUUGCUUAUAACAGCUCUGUUGCAAAUCAGGUGUUAUUGUUAAACUUUGAAGUGUGUCAAACGCAUAAACAAUAUUUCUUGUGGUUACAUUUUUAUACACGGCUAAAAACUCUCCUCAGUUAAAGCAAAAUGAAUUUUAAUAGCAAAAGGCCUGCCCGACAAAAUUCAACGAGUUUCAGUGCGUCUACUCCUGCUGCUGCUAACUCGGAUGGCAGUGGAACUACAACACCAACAUUACUUAUACAACAACCAUCGCAAGCAGUGGCUUCACCUCAUGCACUACAACAUCAGCUAUCCAAUAGCAGCACUAGCAGUGCUGCGGGUAUAGCAAGUGGUCUCGCAGCAGGAGGGGCAGUGGAUGAUGCACCCAUAACAUUGUUGCCUGAAAUUUCUGAUAUAAUGCGCAGCUUUGGUGAUAGUGACCAACCGCGAAUGGAAAGUGUUAAGUUAGUGGAACAUAUACUACAACAACAAUUGCGUGGCAUGUUUAACGAAGCUUCUCUAGUCGCUUUACGCCGCAAAAAUAGCCCGUGUCCAACUCAAGCUGAUUUUGAAUUUCUAAUGCGCAAUCACCCGGUUAAAAUAGCACGUAUGCGUAAACACUUAAAGGAUAUGAAAAUAUUGAAACGGUUUCUAAGCAUACGUACAGGGCGCCCACAAGAUUUCAUGGAUGACACGGAACAACUUGAGUCUGAGGACGAACUGGCUAUUGAAAUUCCGGAAUUGUUCGAUGAAGAACGUACACGUAGACUUUUUCGUGCCGAUCGUAUUUCACAAAUAUUGACUGGCCAACAAUAUUUAGAAUUCAAUGAAGCACGAAAGACAUCUUUCUAUUGUCGUCACGGAGAAAAGAUCAAAAAUAAAUUUCGUCGCUUCCUCGAUUUACCAGCCGAUUUACGCAUCCCCACAACUACUAUGAAUAUCUUGGCCUACUUCGCACACGAGACCAUUGCUGUGAUUGUUGACUAUGCUAUAUUAACACGUUUGAAUUCGGAGAAUCGUGUAACAGAGCCUUACAGUCGUAUUACUUCAACGGGUGCUUCAGCAGCAAUGUUGCACAUUUGUCCUGAAGUAACCCAAGGUCGCGGUAUGGAAGUUGUGCGACCAAUUAGCGUUCAAGAAAUACACGAAGGGAUGCGUCGGUUCCGACAAAUGACGAGUAAGAAAAUUGGUUUCUAUCGUAGCUCUUGCGAUGCUGAUUUUCGCCGUUCUUUUCUUGCUAUAUAAAAUAGAUUCAUCGCUAAUAAACUUAUGUUUAUAUUGAGGAUAAAUUUUUAUUCGAAUAUGUAUACCUAUUUGCAUAAGCGUUUAGAACUAAGUCAUUAAAUUACUAAUAAAAUUGGAUUCCACAUGCGUUACAUAUUUUAACUACAUUCAAAUAAAAAGUGC